AUGUACCUACAUUUACAACAUCAAUUUUCUAAAAAGAUUGCUGACAUCAACGAAACAUUAAUUGCUAUGGCUAUCGUUCCGCGAUUGAUGCCAGGCAUGGGAAUGGGUGUGGUCUCAACUGCAUCUACUCCUUCUUUGCGAUCGAGAAGAGAUAGUGUUGUAUCUACAGCCAGAGAUGCGGGUGGAAAUGUUAGAGUCGUGGUUAGAGUUAGAGGAUUUCUUCCUAGAGGUGAAUAUUUUAAGGAGAACAGGAAGUCAGGAUAUUUUACUAACGGCGAUGCAGAAAUUAAUAGAGGAGCUAAGUGUCUGAUUGAUAUGAAUCCAAUAACACAAGCAACCACUCUCCUAGUGCCAAACGAUACAGAUCCUGCAAACUCUCGUUCGAAGAUGCGCAGAGUCAUUGAAGAGAAAGUCUUUACAUUUGACAAUUCCUUUUGGAGCCACAACCAAUCUGAUGAACAUUAUGCACACCAGGAGGAUGUUUAUAAUAGUUUGGGGGAGGAAUUCUUGGACCAUAACUUCGAAGGAUAUCAUACAUGCAUCUUUGCAUAUGGCCAGACUGGAUCAGGAAAGAGUUAUACAAUGAUGGGUACAGAGGAUCAGCCAGGAUUGAUACCAAGGACCUGCGAAGACCUUUUUGAGCGGAUCGAGGCAGCACAUAAUGAAAGUCCAAACAUUUCCUAUAAUGUCCGUGUAUCUUAUUUCGAGGUUUAUAACGAACAUGUCCGAGAUCUUCUUGUCCCAUUUCACCCCAAUCAACCACCCUAUUAUCUGAAGAUUCGUGAAUCCCCCACCGAAGGACCUUAUAUCAAGGAUUUGACCGAUGUACCCGUUAAGAAUCUUUCUGAAAUCAUGCGGUACAUGAAGAUGGGAGAUGCCAGUCGAACCACAGCAAGUACUAAGAUGAACGAUACAAGUAGCAGAAGUCAUAGUGUUUUUACCAUCAUGCUCAAGCAGAUUCACCAUGAUAUGGAGACGGAUGAAACAACAGAACGUACUGCCAGAAUUCGACUCGUGGAUCUUGCAGGUAGUGAACGCGCAAAGGCAACAGAAGCAACAGGUGCUCGUCUACGUGAGGGAAGCAAUAUUAACAAGUCUCUGACAACUCUCGGUCGUGUCAUUGCAGCUCUCGCAGAUCCAAAGCAACAACAACGUACCGUAAAACGCAACAAAGAUGUCGUUCCCUACAGAGAUUCGAUCCUUACCUGGCUACUCAAAGAUUCAUUGGGAGGAAAUAGUAAAACCGCAAUGAUCGCGUGUAUUUCCCCUUCCGAUUAUGACGAAACUCUCUCUACCCUUCGCUAUGCUGACCAAGCUAAACGCAUUCGCACGCGUGCCGUCGUCAACCAAGAUCACGUUUCCGCUGCGGAACGUGAUGCUCAGAUUGCCGCCAUGGCAGAGGAGAUUCGUAUUUUACAACUUCAGGUUUCCAAUUCUGACUCUACAAGAAAAGAAACUGAAAUUAAAGCACAAGACGAAAGACUUGAGCAAUACCAGAACAAAAUUGCACUCAUGCAAAGAAUGAUGGAGGACAGGACCAUGAUAUCAGAAGGUAAAAUUCGAAGCUUGACAACUGAGAAUGACGCCUUGAGAUUGCAUCUUAAAUUAGCUUUGGAGAGUUUGAAGAAUCCGAUCAAAGUGGAAACUGCUAGGACUAUUAGUAUGGGCAGUAUUAAUUUCGGUACUGAGGGCGAAUUGGGACACGAUAAGGAGAACAGAACUAUCGAUGAAACGACUAAUGAAGACGAUGGCUACGAACAUGACUAUUCAGAUGAAGACGAAGCUAUUGAUAUGGGUGCGCGUGAGGAGAGAGCAAGCGAGAUGCAAGGUUUCAUGGGUGAUUUGUUAAAGGAUCUGGAUAUGUUUAGGAAGAAGAUCUGUGACGACAAGGGGCGUUUCGGUAGGGAAAUGACGGUUAAUGUCGUAUGA